CCCGAUUCUUGUCGCUCUCCUCCAGAAGUCAGUCACUGCCUUAGUGGUCUCUCCCUGGAGUACUACUUUGAUACCAUCGCCUCAGGCUGCGACACCCUUUCUGUGCUUAACCGCCCCCGUCAUCCCGGUUCUCCUGUCCCAUAGGCCUAUCCGUUAUCGACUCCCGUCCGAACCGCGUUGCGCUCUCACCAUGGCCAUUCAUCCGAAUUUCCCAUCUGAAACGAAUCCGAGAGGAUCUCUCUCACCGCAGCAGGCUCGCGCCAUCUCCGCUUGGACUGAACAGGCAGCUGCAUCCUUGGAGAGUCUGACUCUCUCGGAGUCAGUACCGAUCGCCGAUUCGAAUGUGGUCUUUUCCCAGUCCACUCCUACGCGCGCAGGCGUGCGCGGCACCACAGUCUCGUUAUCAAUCCCCCUAGACGACCCAGUACCGACAGUGGGAAGCCCUUCCGCGCCUAAGGUCAAGGUUCUAGGCCAGUCAACCAAGGAGACCCAGGUGGCGUCGGUGAACUUCCGGCGCCGCGAGCCGCUUCGCCGUGAUAGCCUCAAGAGGCGCGAAGCCUUGUUGAAGGGAAAGGAUGGUAGUCGUCGCAGACAGCGUUGGGAGAAUGAUCGUCUUCUGAACAAUCCGUGGGCUGAGCCACCUUCUUCCAAGGAUUGGGAUAUCCAAGCCACCCACACUCGUCACGACCCUAUGCCUUACUACCUUGCACCUCUCUGGGACAACCACUAUGCGCGUUUGGACCAUAGGUCAUCCCAGCAGAUGGAGACCCGGAUCGAGAAGCAUCGUGUUCCUAAGGAGCUGAGACAGAGACUGAAGCAUGCACGUGCGGCACGUGGUAUACUUCAGGAUAUCGAAGAAGAUAUCAGACAAUUCAUCCAGCGAUGGAACGAGAAGCAAGGUUUACUGAAGCAGGAGGGUCUGGCAGAUGCCCCACAGUCAUCCGACAGUGAAUCCGAAGACGAGAUCGUGUUUGUGGGUCGAAACGGCCUGAUGCAUGACUCGCCUCAGAGAAGAGCACGACUGCAAAAGAUGCGUGAGGCAAUGAGUGCUCAUCAUGAGCAUGAUGGGCAGAAGAUGGUGUUUGAGAGCCUGGUUGACGACCGGGCAGCUGGAUUCGGUCGCUGGCUCGUCCAUUCCAUCGCGUCGUAUUACGGCUUGCACACUUGGUCUGUCACCGUCGGGGAACCUGCCCGCCGCGAGGCUUACGUUGGCUUCUACCCGCCAGCCCCAGGCAGUCGAGCAGGACCCGUAUCCUCACCGGCCGGGUCGAAGGCUUGCCGUCAGGAAGCGAUGAUUCAGCCCGGCGACGAACUGCCUCAACCGCUCUGGACGCAGGUGUGAGCCGUUGGUCAGAAAUGUCCAUGAACUUCUGACCAAUUCAAGUUCACUUCUAACAAUUCUGCAGUUCUACAGAGCUUCGAUGCGUUUGAUUCACGGUGUAUGUUUCGGGCUGAUUUUAAUAUUUAUAUCUUGUAAUAUUGGCGUCGGUGGGAUGUCUACUUACUGCCUGUGGGGACACUAUAGAUCCUGUAUAUAAGGUAGGAUAGACCAAGACCUACAAUUGAUUUGGGCACAUAGGGAAG